UGGUAAUGGAGUUGAAUAGAAGGUCCGUGUGCUGUUUGUAGCAUCUCGAUUUGGAAUAUUUCGUGGUGUCAGAAAUUAGUUAAUGUAGUAUGGUUUUUAUGUUUGAGCGAUCAAAGUUUACACCUAACAAUGAUCACAGAACGAAUGAAAAACUAGUUAAGGCGGUCCUACCAGUCGUGGCGGUUGGCUAUAGUUUUCGUCGUGUUUUAAGGUGUAUAUCCAUUACUUCAUUAUAUCCGUGAGUGAAGUGUUUCUAAUAAGUCUACCGAGUCCCGGAAGUUCCCAGAGGUUGAUCAACUGGUAUGCCCUAGCGAUACGAAACAAAUGAGAGCAAAGUCUGCUGGCGAAAUCUUAAAUGAAGCUAUAUUAAAUUUUGAUUGUUAACGGCGCAAGUUCUAAGAAGAUAUGCUUAAUUAGUCGAGCGAGAAUUAAAGUGAAAAGAGACGAGUGCUAAAAGUGUGCGUAUUAAGAAUGUUUCUUAGUUCAAAUAAUAACGGUGGAAGGGUCGUCUCGUCUUGAGUGCAAAGUCGCUGCGAAUAGGCGGGAACAUGAAAUCUAUUUGUUGUGAAAAUAAAACGACCAACGUUUACAGCAAAAUUGAAAUAUCAUGAAUUAUAUAUGAAAAUUGUAUGCAAAAUGUACAUAAGUUGAAGCUGCCUUUUUUGAAAUUAUCACAAAAAAGAAACAACGGCUGCAUCACUGCAUUUACAGAGACCUCCAUGUGGCCGGAUGGUGUCCAGCAUCGUCGGUGGAAGUGAUUGGACAUCCCACCAGGGACCCUUAUUCAAAGGAGAGGAUAAAAACAUCCCAUUGGGAGGGUAGUUCGAUUGGUUCAAUGAAUGGAUGUUGCUUCCAACGAAAACCCAACCCGAGGAAACUGAGGAAAUGACGGUCCAGUCGAACUUCGAUUCACCCCAGCAGCAUCACCGGGUCAUCGAUCAUUAUCACCAGCGUCAUGAUCCGGCCUACAACAUAACCAGUGCAGAGGUGGACGAUUACAACAGCGAUAAUAGCAUAGCGGUGCUGCAGCAUCAUCACCGCUAUAUGCCGUCCAGCUCCAGUUCCUGUGAUAACACCAAACAUCAUCCAAUGCAGAGUUCCAGCAUUCCGGGAUCUUGUGACGAAAAUACUCCCAGUGUAUUAGAUGUUAAUAUAGACACUAAGAAAAUAGCACUCAGAUCCAAUGCAACAAAUUCGAGACUGAACUCCCCUGCAAGGUUUGAAACCGAACGGAAGUAUACAAACCACAUCGAGGUAUACAGUGAUCACACGAACAAACUAGAAGAGGAAAUAUCCGAAGAUGACCGGGGACCUCCACUUCCGCCGAGACCUGCUCCACGAACUCGAACGUUUCAGCGUGUUGAAAGUGCAACGACAACGCCCGGAGUACGAAAAUACGUAAUUUGGUGUCUGAUAUGUGGAGGUAUAUCGUGCCUGUUAGGUGUUCUGUUUUUGGGAAUUUAUUUUCUACUACGGUCAUACACUAGUACCGUGGGAUACUUCGAAACCGUGCCAACCUUCGUUCCCGCCACACUGCUAAUGGUCACUGGUAUAUGUAUAAUGAGCCUGGCGAGACGGCGAAACAGAUAUAGCUAUCUGAUCAAACUUUCGGGAGCCUGUGGACUAGCAUCGGCUCUAACCUGUGCCCUCGUGACUGUUACCACAACCGUACUGCACAUGAGCCGUCUUCAAGUAUUACGCGAGUGCGAGUACACUCAGAAGACACGCACUUGCACGUGUUACUCGGUGACAGCUGAGAAGCAAGCGGAAGGAAUCGACGAUAAUGUUCGAUUCGUUUUCGACUCAACCUCCGACUGUGGAGUUGUUCAUGGAGCACUGUACUCUUGUCUACGGGCAGUAUUUGGACUCUCCGUAGCCGGUGUACUAGUGGCAGUGUUUAGCUGUAUGCUCGUGUAUCAACUACUGAGUCACGAAAGAAAGAAAAUGUACUGGGAGCAACUAGAAUUAAGAUGUCGAUCGUUAUACUCGGGACAGCAGGGGCCUACAGUGCUGCCAUCCGGUCCGAUGCUAGGAGGACCCCGUAAUGGAAACUGUCGAUGCUGUGAGCAGUGUCAUGCUCAUCGAAACGUGAUGCCAUCAGCCUAUCCUUGGGAAGGCGAUCAGAGAUUUUGGACUCCGGGACAGGCAGGAAAUUUUUAUUCGCCUAAUCCCGGUGGAGAGGAAAAUACAGGUGGCGGCAGACUUAACCAAAACGGGAGGAGAAUGCCCGGGUGGAGUUGGCCUAGAAUGCCAUGGCAACGCAGUGACUCUCAACGGAUGUCUCCACACAGUCCAGAUUCCCAAUAUGGAUUUUCUAACAGGACGGCGGGACAAGAUCCGACGUCAAUCGCAUCCAAUCAACCGCGAUAUAACGUGAUAGAGCAACAAUACGGAAUAUGGGGUCCACCGCCUCCCUACAGUGAUCCCAACAGCCCUGCCCGUAGAGGUCGCUAUCAGUAUAUCCAUCCAGCUCAGUGUCAGCCUAUGAUAGAGCAGAAUGUUCCACCCACCAAUAUAGCUAUAUUGGAAUGUCAUCAGCAUCCGGUGACUUCCGAGAACCAUUCCAUCCAACAGUUCGGUAAUAAUUCUCAACAGAAUGUAUUCCGGAAUCCAGGAAAGCGUCAAACAUUCAAACCGCCCAAGGAUAAUUAUGAGAACACUCCUUCGGAUAGCGAUGGUCCCAGGGAUCGUUUUUCGAACACUCUUCCCCUAAGGAAAGCAAAAAAACGCGUGGAAGCUGGUGCAAAAAGUAUUGGGCCAAAUCAACCGACUGCUAGAGUAAAUGUGCAAAAUGUAUUCAAUCCAGACACGCUGCAAGGGCAACACAACUCGGUCGAAACAUCGGAAAAUGAAUAUAAUGAACCCUCACUUCCAAACAAUGAACCUAGUUGUAGCAGUCAACCUAACGUGUUGCAUGGAAAACCCAGAAGAAUGAAAACGGGUGUCGAGAACACGGGAUUUCAGACGGUGGAAGCCCUCGAAGCAGAUGCAAUGAACAACAAAAACAUGGAACCGACCGAAUCGGAAGUGUACUUUGCCGACGUGAGUAGCUGUUGUAAUAUGUCUGUAAAAAAUGAUAAUUACUACGAAGAUACUAACCAAAGACGUAAACAUAUGAAGGAGAAAAACAAGCAAGUACCAGAGCAGGAGGAGUUCAGCAAAGAACAAGCAGAUGACUACAUCGCACAACGAUUUGGAAAACGAGAACCAUCAGUGCGUAGCCGGCUGCCAUUCCCACAGGUAAUUCCAGAAAAGUUUGAAAAACCAGCAGUGAUGCCACGCCCGUCUCUAAUGCACAAGGAUAUCUCCCGUCAAAGUAUGUGUUCGGUGGAAUCAGGCGAGAAGACAGACUAUACCGAUUUGUCUCCCGCCACUCCUAGUACAAACUUUCCUACGAUAACAUAUCCACAGCAGGAACCUAGUAACAAUUUGAACGCCACCGGUAGUGGUUCCAAUUCGAACAACACGGCAACUGAUUUUGCUUCGGAACCAAACAGUUCAAACUUCAUUGCAUCUUAUCCGUAUUCAUCGAACGAGCAAAGCCAAGAAGCCCAUCGAAGAUCAACAAAAAAUUUGCAGGAUAUUUUCCUGGCACCCGAUUCACAGUAUGAGGUAAUCAAGGAAUCCAGUAAAUACAAUGAAGCCACUCCGUUAACACUACCCUACAUGACCCAGCAGGACAUGUCCGCCCAGUUCGCCUACAUCCCGAGCCAAUUCCCGCCUGGGACACGGGAACACCUGAGCUAUCAACAUCAGCAUCCUAUGCCACAGAUACCGCAGCAGCAGUCGUCGCAGCACAAAUCAAAGUCUCCUAAAAAUCUCAACAUCACCCCAAUCAAACGACAAAGCCUGGGGACCAAUAUAAGUUCAAUAAUUCAGAAUCUCAGCGGCAGUGAAGCUGGCCUUUUAUAUCCGGACGGACGACACAGUGGCGCGUUAACUGCCGCCGCGUGCAGCACGAGUGGAAGCGUUGGCGGGGUUAUCGGUCUCCGAGAUAUGGAAGCCAACCAACGGAUUCGAUCAAAAAACGGGGACGAAAGUAGUAGCAAUGAUGAGAACGAUGACUCAGAUGUUAGCGAUCGGCGUCGAUUGUGAGAUGAAGUGUAUGUGUGAGUAGAACCUGUUUGAAAGCACACAGCAUCGGACAUUCUGUAGUAGCUCAAUGUGUUCGCGACUGUUGAUUGCGCGUAUAUAUUUCGGGAAAGAUUACGGAUCUGUUACAGGGAGUAUUUCUUCCCGUUUCUUGUAAUUGUGUUAUUCGAAAUCCCCCGUUAUUUUGGCAAUCCGGGUGAAACGAACCUUAAAACUAUAAUUAUUGGAUGUAUCGUGUUCAAUAAACAUUAGACAAUUAGUGCUAUGUUAGGCAGAAGCCGUCCUGAAAUUUGACUGCAUUUCUCAUUUACGAAUGACUUUAACUGUGGAGUCCGCAUCAAACCACAGCUCAAAUAAAGCGCCGACGGAAACAAACUUAGCUAACGGAAACCAAUAGAUCUAGAUACAGUACCCUUCUCAUCAGAGUUUCAUCAACUUGUUCAAUUUAUGUUCCAUGCCAUUUAGAUUAUAGAUGGUUCAUGACGCCUUAAAUUCUAAAACAAUAAAUUUUAAUUUACCGUACGCGACUGACACUAAAGUAACUAAACGACUGACACUUGUUGACUUAAUUACUACGAUUACGAAAGCUAAUUCCAGUGAAGAUGAAUCUCUCUGAUCUACUAACGACAAUGUCUAUCUACUAAUGACAAUCAUGGAAAAAUAAAAAUUGUGUUGCACUUUUGCACAAAAUAACUGAA